AUGGGGGUCGAGGAGCGAACCGGUGAAGAGAAAGUAAAGCUCUCUUCUCCCACCACCGCCGUCGGCAAUGGCAUGACAACGCCAACGGUAGCAGCAGGAGCGGGUGCUGUGGUGCCCGACCAACGAGAUGCCUUUCCUUCCUAUCUCAAGGGCAAGCGAGUCCUCCUUGCAACCGAAUCCCUGGGCCCUGUCAACGGCGUCAGCCGAACCACCCUCAUGUUGAUCGAAUACCUACGCAGAAAUGGCGUCCAACUGGCCAUCGUUGCUCCUCAUUCCAGACAGUCGCGCCUCAAGCCUACCAGUGGUGCGAACCUCACUGAAUUUCGACUGCCGGGCUAUGAAUUGCCAUACAACCCUGACCUGACCGUUGUAUAUCCCUUCCAGCUCGAUGACGUCUACAAACAGACCUUCAAGCCCGACAUUGUAUAUCUGGCCAGUCCUGCUUCCACCGGCUUUCAAAUGCUGUUCCAGAUCCGCCAAUUACAAGAUCCCCCUGUCGUUCUCCUCAAUUUCCAGACCGAUCUGUCGGCCUACAGCGAGAUUCUGUUCCCGGGUCCUGUUGCCCGCUUUUCCGUCUGGCUGCUAGGGGUGGUCCAAGGCUUCCUGUUCAAUCACCGUACCGUCCAUACCAUCUUCUACCCUUCCUCUGGCGUGCGCCGGUAUCUUGAGAAAGCAGGCGCUCCGAGCAACAAGAUGGUCCGAUUGGGCCGGGGUGUCGACACCACUCUGUUCGACCCUUCCCAGCGGGACGAGGCAUACCGCCAGGAAUUAGCACCCAACGGAGAAAUCAUCCUGGUCUGCGUCUGCCGCUUGGCUCCCGAGAAGGGCUUCGAGUUCCUGGCCCAGGUCGCUAUGCGGCUCGCCCAAGAAGGCUUUCCCUUUAAAUUGCUCAUCGUAGGUGGCAAUAUGAGUGCCGAAGUUGAGGACCAGAUCCACCGCCUCUUCGACGACGUGGCAGAGCACGUCAUCUUCACCGGCUUCCGCACCGGUGUUGACCUCGCUCGUGCAUAUGCGACCGGCGAUGUUUUCCUUCACUGCUCCAUCACCGAGACAUUCGGCCUGGUUGUUUUGGAAGCAAUGGCGAGUGGUCUCCCAGUGAUUGCUCGUGAUGAAGGAGGCCCAUCAGAUAUUGUCCAAGACCAAGAGACUGGAUAUUUGGUUCCUGCCCACGAUCUGGAGCAGUACAUUUCUCUCGUCAAGCUUCUCUCUACUAACAAGAAUCUUCGUGCGGAUAUGGCAACUGCAGCGCGAAAGUAUACUUGCGACGUAACCUGGGAGAAGAUCAACAGGCGGGUUGCCUGGCAUAUGACUGAAGGCUUGCAACAGCACCUCCAGCGAAAACGCAGAAGAAGACCGAUCCGAAACUUCAUUGUCGCCAGGUAUCAUGAAAUCCGAGAUGGCGUAGUCAUUCCCGUCGUGGUCAGAAUGCGACUAUACAUGGCAGCAAUGGUCGUCUACCUCAUUUGGCUGAUGACUGCCGUUGUGCUUCUGCUCUACGGCCACAGAGUGUUUUCGCGAGCCGCGCAGCUCCUACGCAACCCGCCCCUCGUUUUGCAACGCAUUCAGUACCGCGCCUUGAAACAAGGUAUCCAGGAGACGCUCAAGAGCUUGAGCACAGAAUGA